CACAUUUCAUCAAUAAUCUCAAGCGAUCUACUAGUUCCUCUGCUUUUACAGUAAAGCUUGGAAAAGGGGCAAUUUCAGGGACAGAUCAACACUGUCAAAAAUAAUGACCCGCCGCCGAUGGUACAUUUUAUUCACUGCCCUUUUAUUUUCCGCCGCCGCCGCCGAGGCUUCACGUCGUGCAACCGACGGGUUACCUAUUGUGAGAAAUAUCAGUGAGAUGGGAGAGGAUAGCUACGGUCUUCCUGGUUUAUCUCACAUCACCGUUGCUGGUUCAAUCAUGCACGGUUUUAAGGAGAUUGAAGUGUGGCAUCAAACACUUGGUCCAGGAGCAGGAACACCAAUUCACAGGCAUUCAUGUGAGGAAAUCUUUGUGGUUUUAGAGGGCAGUGGCACUCUUUAUCUUGCCUCUAAUUCACAUCUCAAACAUCCUGGCACCCCACAACACUUUCCCUUUUCCUCAAACUCUACGUUUCACAUUCCUGUAGACAACGCUCAUCAGGUUGUGAACACGAACCAAGAUCAACAUUUGAAGUUUCUAGUUGUCAUAAGUAGGCCGCCGAUGAAACUGUUCGUAUAUGACGACUGGUUCAUGCCGCACAUUGCUGCCAAAUUGCUAUUCCCUAUUUUUUGGGACGAAGAGAGUUAUCAGACGCCUCAAGUGAACGAUGAGCUCUAAAGCUCAAAGCUUCGGAACUUCGCAAGAAAUUUGAUCCACUCUUGUUUCUGCAAAUGCGUUUCAGUUGAGAAACUUUACAUUUCCCUUAUUUGGCACAAGUUCAUCUGUAAUAACCAGUUGAAAGUAGGUAUUCCUGUCAACUCAAAUUAAAUUGGGCUGUGUUUUACAAAAGUAUUGUUUCCUUCUACCAAUAUCUUGUCUUUUAUUCAUCAAAUGAAAACCUACAGGCUCUUCUACCUAUAUGCAUCAUCUCCUUCUGGUCGACAAGCUUCCACGUCUGCUUGUUUCUCAGCAACGAUGACAUACAAUUCUGCACCAAGCAUCUUCAUGCACAUCAAGAUUCAUAGAUCUACUCAAACCAACAAUUUCUGUAUAAUAUCUAUUGUAAUCAUGUGAUAGGAUUUUGUAUUCUAUCGAUCUGCAAUAAAGCAGGGGCGAACUUUAUUUCUCAA